AACACCCCACUUUCAAACCAAAGUUUUGUUUCCAAGUUGAUAUAAACAGAACCAUGGGAAAUUGCUUGGUUAUGCAGGAAAAUAUAACAAAGAUUAUGAGACCUGAUGGGAAAAUACUGGAGUACAGAGCAGACAUGAAAGUUUACCAGGUUUUGUCAGAAUUUUCUGGCCAUGCAAUAUCUGAGACGGCUCCGGUCUACCAGCAUCUCCGCCCAGACACCAAACUGCUUGGUGGUCGCCUCUACUAUCUUGUACCUCUUCCGUUGUCACCGAAAAAGGCUUCCCAGAAGAAGGUGAGGUUUGCAAAUCCUGAAGUCGAAGCUGAACAAGAAACUAAAGUUGUAAGGAUCAAGAUAGUUAUAAGUAAGCAAGAAUUGCGGGAGAUGUUGAGAAAGGGAGGAGUUUCAGUCGAUGACUUGGUUUCUCAGCUUCAAAGUGACAGAAGCAUAGAUAAGACUAACAGCUUCAAUGAUGAUGGUAACUGUGAAGGGUGGAAACCUGUUCUAGAAAGCAUACCUGAAUUAAACUAGCAAUAGCAAGAGGAUCCUUAUUAUGUAAAA